AUGUCGGUUCUGCAGGAGACGCGGCCAUGCUUUGACUACAUCGCAAAGUCAGCCUUCCUCGAAGGCCAGGGCGACCAUAUGCCGGUCAAGCUAAAUUUUGGCGACUACGAGGUCCUGUUGCACAACGCCGGCGUUCGCGCCAUGCUGGCUAUGGAUCUAGUCCAGCGGGCCGCCGCCGUGGUGACCGCCAUCAGCAACAAGGGUCAGAACAUGAUCAACGAGCUUGCAGAACCGUGCAAUCUGGCCAAAGCCAACAUCGCAUAUCUCGAGGCCAACAUUAGCCACUUUCAGAGCAUGUUGAACUGCGUAACCCGACAUGUAGAGGGGGCGGUAAACAAGGACGAAGGACCCCCAGCGGUUUCAAACUUGGCGUCAAGAAAUGUCUCUGAAUGCUCAACAGAAGGGCAUGGUUCGUAA